AUUUGUCCAGCUACUCGAGCUAGGGCGCCACACGCGGUGCAGCUUUUGUUGGGACACUGGACGGUCUUGCCUGUCACGGAAGCAACGGCCGCGGGAAAUCAGUUCACGUUCAACCGACCAAUAAUUCAGGCGCCGAAGGCACAGUGGAUCUUCCCUGAUAUUGUCAGCAUUUCGAGGACACAAAGUCAUUGAUCACCAUGGCGAUGAUGAAAGUUCUUACAGGAAAGUACCGCACCACUGGCAUGGCCCCUCUAGACCUCACCUCCUGUAGCAAAAGUGACAUCCUGGAGUAUUUCGAAGCCAGCUAUGACUUGAACGAAAGCCUCUUCACUGGGCUCAAGGACGAAGAUGCAUUCUACAAGUGUCCUGACCGCCUGAGGCUGCCGCUGAUCUUCUACUACGCCCACACGGCCACCGUGUAUGUGAACAAGCUGAUGCUGGCAGGGCUCAUGACAGAGAGGGUCAACCUGGACUUUGAGACGAUGUUCGAGACUGGUGUAGAUGAAAUGUCCUGGGAUGACACGGAGAACUACCGUAUGGGAGGCAGCUUCCAGUGGCCCGCAGUGGAGGAGGCAGUGGAGUUUCGCCGCCUGGUCCGCAAUCGCAUCCGUCAGCUGAUCGAGGACACGCCCCUCCAGCUGCCAAUCACCCAGGACAACCCAUGGUGGGCAGUGAUGAUGGGUGUUGAACACGAGAAGAUCCACAUCGAGACGUCCUCCGUGCUGAUUAGGCAGAUGCCCAUCACCAUGGUAACCACCCCGCCCAAGUGGAAGUACGCUCCAGCUAGCACAGGCACCAGUAUCAACAAGAAUCCCCUCCAACGUGUGGAGGGGGCAGAAGUGACGUUUGGCAAACCAGAGGACUUCCCUUCCUAUGGUUGGUGUGUGGAGUAUGGACAGAGAACAUUCAAUGUUCCAACAUUUGAGGCAUCCAAGUUCAAUGUGACCAACCGUGAGUUCCUGCACUUUGUGAAGGCAGGAGGGUACGAGAACUCCUCCUAUUGGACAAAGGAAGGCUGGAACUGGCGAUGUUUCCGUCAAUCGCGACAUCCCACAUUCUGGGUUUGUACCAAAGGAUGCAAGUCUGGCUGUGGGGCUGUCAUUUCUUCCCAUUCCCACUGCCUGCCAGAGCACUUCUCCACAACCUACACUGACCCAAGUAUCGGGCACUCCAAUGGGAAUGGUAGUCCUCAAAACGGGGCCCAGAAUGGAACGAGCAACGGGCACCAGAACGGUACCAGCAAUGGACACCAGAAUGGCACAGCCAAUGGACACCAGAAGGAAGAUGAAUGUAAUCCAGAUUUCAGGCUGCGAGUGAUAUUUGAUGUAAUGGAGAUGCCCUGGGACUGGCCGGUGGUGGUGAACUACCAUGAAGCUCGCGCCUUCUGCGCCUGGAAAGGUCCGGAGUUCCGCAUGCUGACGGAGGCAGAGUUCAACAUGAUCCGGGGCGUUGUACUGGGCGACCCCAGCAAGGGCGUGACCUCUGACCCUGUGUUCCACAAGGAUCCACAGGCCAACUUUAGGCUGACCUUCGGAUCAUCAUCGCCUGUCGAUUUUUACCCUCCAAACGACCUUGGCUUCCACGAUGUGUACGGGAAUGUCUGGGAGUGGGUGGAGGACCACUUUAACGGCCUGCCUGGCUACAAGCAGCACCACCUGUAUGACGACUAUGCCUCUCCCUGCUUCGAUUCCCGCCAUGGGCUCAUGUUGGGUGGUUCCUGGGCCUCUGACGGUACUUACAACUCCCGCUUCUCUCGCAUGGGUUUCCGCCGCCACUUCUACCAACACGCUGGCUUCCGUGUGGCACGGACUCUGCCCGGUGGGGGGAAGUCGCCCGUAGUCAUGGUGAAUACGGAAGUGUACAUUUUAGGAGCGGGGGUGGAAGAAAAUGAUCUGACUGUGCCGGAAACAGUCGGUCUGGAGGUCGUCCCGAUGGCGAGCACCAACAGACAGUUCCACCAGGAAACAGAAGAGGCCCUGGCGGCCAUGUUGGCCCUGCAGUACGGGGAUGGUGGCCAGAACUACUCCAAGGCGCUGGCAGAUUUCUGUGUGGAGAAGGCGAUCCAUUACGGCUGUCCACUCCAGAAGGUUGUACAGCUGGGAUGUGGGACAGGAGGAGUGACGUACCAGCUGGCCAAAACUUACAAGGAGGUGAUAGGUGUGGACUACUGUGGUCGAUGCCUGGAUGCUGCUAUUACGCUGCAGAAGACAGGGGAGUUUCACUGGCCGAUGCCUAUUCCGCAGAACAGUGCAAAGAAGCCUUGUACCGAGAACGGGACCGUCACUGUCAGCAUUCCAGCGGACGUGCAGAGGGACAGGCUGACCUUCAAACAGAUGACCUGGGUGCCCAACGAGAUCCCCAAAUCUGACCUGGUCCUGCUGGACUUCCUGGACAGGGUCACCAACCCUAAAGCCUGGUGGCUGCGGCUGUGGGAGAUCGUUACUGACAACGGGAUCGCCGUGGUGAUCUCACAGAAGAUUGGGAAAGAGGAACUCUCGGCUGACUUGAGCAAGAAGUUUAAUCUGCUAGAGGAACAGGAGUACCCGUUCCAGGACUCUCAGGGACAGUCCAAGGUUGCUAUGGCAACCAUCUGGAAGCUCAAGCUGUAACUAUGGCAA